GUUUCGUUAACGUUGGCGUCACCGCUAAACAGUUCUUCCGUUGACUGAGAUAGGAGGAUCCUGGGCUUCGAUAGUUGUUAAGCGUCUCUCACGGACACGGUGUUGUUGUGCAUCAAAUUGAUGAUUUGAUAGUGCGAACGGCUAGUGUGUGAGAUAGUGCAAUAGAAGAAUCGUGAAGGAAAAGGAAAAAAAAAAGAAAAAGAGGAAGAAAAAGGAACAUGUCAACGAAGGCAGCGAAGAAGACUAGCACAGCGGCGAGUUCAAGCGGCAGCGUGCAGUCGCCGCAAUUUAGUACGUCAACGCCGAUCGGCCAGCGACCAGGAAGUCCUUUGAGCCCAACCCGUUAUUCGCGGCUACAGGAAAAGCAGGACUUGCAGAAUCUCAAUGACCGAUUGGCUUGUUACAUCGACAAAGUGCGGCACUUGGAGGCCGAGAACUCGAGGCUCACGCGGGAGGUACAGACGACCCAGGAGACUAUCACCCGCGAAGUAUCCAACAUAAAGUCUAUGUAUGAGCAUGAACUGUCCGAUGCGAGGAAAUUACUGGACGACACUGCGAGGGAACGAGCGAAACUAGAGAUUGAUACGAAACGAUUGUGGGACAACAACGAGGAACUGAAGUCUAAAUUGGAUAAAAAAUUAGUGGACUUACAAGUAGCAGAGAGAAACUUGUUGUUAUAUGAGACACGUUACAAUGAUUUGCAAUCACAAUUUAAUCAGUCUCAAGCAGAACGUAAAAAGCUGGCUGAGAGAGAAAAAGAAUUGGAACAAGAAGUAGAGAAAUUAAAAGCGUUGUUAGAAGAUGCUCGUAAACACUUGGGAGAAGAGACAUUGCAACGCAUUGUUCUUGAAAAUAAUAUUCAAAGUUUAAAGGAAGAUAUUAGUUUCAAAGAUCAAAUGUAUCAACAGGAGUUAACGGAAACACGUACAAAGAGACAGAUUGAAAUUUCUGAGAUAGAUGGCCGUCUUGCUGAGGAAUAUGAAGCUAAACUACAACAUUCUUUACAAGAUUUACGAGAUCAAUAUGAAGCACAAAUGCGAGCUAACAGAGAAGAAAUUGAGUUGUUAUAUGAAAAUAAGAUUAAAAACUUAACAGCUCAUGCUCAGCGUAAUAGCGGAGCAGCAAGCUUAGCUGUUGAAGAAUUAAGGCAAACAAGAACAAGAAUUGAUACACUUAAUCAAAAAAUUAAUGAAUUAGAAGCAUCAAAUAACGCUCUUAAUGCACGAAUAAGAGAUUUAGAAAAUCUACGUGAAAAUGAAAAAACUCGCCACGCAGAGAGUUUAGCAUCUUUAGAAGCUGAAUUAGGACGUAUACGCGACGAAAUGGCUCAACAAUUACAAGAAUAUCAAGAUCUUAUGGACAUCAAGGUUGCUCUCGAUCUGGAAAUUGCAGCAUAUCGAAAAUUAUUGGAAUCUGAAGAAGCUAGAUUGAACAUCAUGCCUGUACAGCCGAGCUCAACAGCGUCUAGUGGUAGAACCACUCCUUCAAGACAUACUCCUUUAAGAGGUGGAAAACGAAAACGCACCUUAUUGGAGGAAAGUGAAGAACGCAGUAGCACUGACUAUAGCGUAUCUGGAACAUCUAGAGGGGAUAUAGAAAUUACAGAAGCUGAUCCUCAAGGACGAUUUGUUAAACUUACCAACAAAGGCAAUAAAGAAAUAGGACUUAGUGGUUGGCAAAUUAUUCGCAAGGCUGGUUCUUUGGAAACAGUAUUUAAAUUCCAUCGUACUGCAAAAUUAGAAGGUGGUGCCACUGUAAUGGUAUGGUCUGCUGAUAUUGGUGCCACACAUGAACCACCAUCAAAUAUUGUCAUGAAGGGUCAAAAAUGGUUUACAGCGGAUACUAUGACAACUACACUUCUUAAUAACGAAGGCGAAGAAAUGGCCACUUCAGAAUGUAAAAGACAACAAUUGUCUACAUCUUUGUCUCGACAUAGAGAAAACUUGGGUUUUCGACCUUCUGAAGAACUUCACCAUCAACAGGGCGAUCCCCAAGGAGAGGAAUUUUGUCGCCUUAUGUGAAAAUAAGUCCAUGAAAUAAUCUUAAGAGUUCUAACAGCACGUUUUAAAAAAUGCUUUAAAAAAAAAGUACAGAAAAAGCACUUAAGAAUGAUAUAUUUUGCUUAAGAAAACAAUAAAGAAGAAAUUGAAAACAGAAUUCACAACACCAUGUUAGUACUUUAUAUUUAUAGAGAUAUGUACGACAUAUGAGAAAAUAUUCUGUAAUAUAAUGUUUAAAUCAAACUUAAGGAAGAGUUUCACGAGGAUUGAAACGAAUAUUAUUGCAUUUAUAUAUUUGCACUUCGUACAAAACUUAUUUGUCUGUUACAUCAGAGUUACUACUUUAUUGAAUAAGGAGCACGAGUAAUUUUUUCAGCGAGACCGAAACUAUUUUUGGCAUACCAUUUGUUUCUACCUAGUCGUUAUCGUGCCUUUUUAAAUAUAAAAGAGAGAUCUUUUUUCUUAGUAGAUAAUAGUAUUUAUUUUUAAGUACAAACCCGGAUGCAAUAGGAGCGUGGUGCCCGCCGAAUAUAAUGUUCAGAUUCAUUUUUUUUUAGCAGGAAAAUAUUUUCUGAUAUGUAUACUAAGUUUUCAAUUAAUUAAUAAGACAGAAACAGAAAUGAAACUACGUUUAGUGCAAAAUGUAUCAGCUCCGUCAUCCGGACUAUCAUUUUGUUAAUUGUAUUCGACUUUAUACCAUUUAUACUAAUAAUAAAAAUUAUAAUUAACCGUA